GUGUAGCAAUAGAAGAGCUGUGUAUACAGAGUGCAGGCUGGGGGCAGGGAGAAUAUUAGAGGAGCGGGAUCCGCCCAGGACCUUGUUAGGAAAUGUUCCAUCAGUAAGUGUCUGGGGAUGUGUCUAGAAAGAUCCUGAGUGCUGCUUUAUCCUGUCCCUUCACUCAUUCAUUACCUCAGCACACAUGGCUCAAGCUAAGAUCCAAGCCAAGGCCAAUGAGGGGCCCAACGGGGGCAAGUUCUGUCGCUCUAUGUCUAUGGCUGCGCGCUCCAGUCACCUGCUGGAGAUGUUGGAUGAUCUGGAUAUCAGAGUCCAAACCCUGCGUGAUUCAGCAUCAGCCCUUGAGCUAGAGAAAGAAUCUCUCGUAGAACUCAUCCACAGUAUUCAGAACAGCCAGGAUAUGAGGAACAUCAGUGAUGGAGAAAGAGAAGAACUAACUUUAACAGCAGAGAGGCUGAUGGGUCGUACAGUGACUGUAGAGGUCUGUGUUGAAACCAUAAGAAGCCCCCAGCAAGCUUCGUCUCUGAAUCUAGCCACCACGAUGAUUGAUGAAAUUCUGAAGAAAGUCAUGGAUAGCAUGGAAAAUGGAAAGGAUCAGCUGGUAUCUUUGUAUGGAGCGUGCACCUCAGAAGUUCUUUCAGCACCAGUCGAUCAGAAAUUCCAGUCCGUCAUUAUUGGAUGUGCACUCGAGGACCAAAAGAAAAUUAAAAGAAGACUAGAGACCCUUAUUAGGAACAUUGACAGUUCUGAGAAGUCCAUUACACUUCUAGAGAACCAGAAGCAUAAAUCGGCUAUACAGCAAAAUAAAAUCUAAUGUACAUUUGGCAA